ACUAACGAUGUUUAUUUAAUUGUAGGGUAUCACACAUAAAUAAAUUCUAGAAAAAUGUUUUUAGUGGGUGUGACAGGAGGAAUAGCUACUGGGAAAAGUAGCGUUGCUUCUGUUUUUCGUGAAUUCGGUAUACCUGUCAUUGAUGCUGAUCAAAUUGCACGAAAAGUUGUGGAACCCAGAAAACCAGCUUGGCACAAAAUACACAAAGAAUUUGGUCCAGAAGUAUUCUUAGAUACACAAGAACUUGACAGAGCUAAACUUGGAGACAUAAUAUUUAAUGAUGUUGAAAAAAGAAAAAAAUUAAAUGCUAUAACACAUCCUGAUAUAUAUAAAGAAAUAUAUUGGCAAACAUUCAAGUAUUUCCUACAAGGUCAUCAAUUCAUAGUCAUGGAUUUGCCAUUGUUAUUUGAAACAGGACAUAUGUUGAAUUAUUUACACAAAAUAAUUGUUGUAAUUUGUGAAGAAGACUUACAACUACAACGACUUAUGGAAAGAACAGGCUUCACAGAAGCAAAAGCAAAGUUAAGAAUUGCAGCACAAAUGUCAUUGGAAAGAAAAGCAGAAAUGGCAAAUUUUGUUAUUGAAAAUUCUAGUAGCGAACGUGAUACCAGAGAACAAACUAUUAGAGUUAUCAAUGUCUUAAGAGCUUCCAAAUAUCAUUGGAAAUUACGUUUUAUAGUUGGAUUUUGUUGUACUGUUUUAUUAGCAGGAGCAUAUUGGUUAAGAAAUAGAAGUUCACGGUCUUUACCAAAUGUAACAUAA